AUGAAUGAGUUUGAGAUAAUUGAUCUAGGAAAUAUGACAUAUUUUCUAGGGAUGAAGAUUUUGUACUCUGAGAAAGGUAUCAUUUUGCACCAAUUGAAGUAUGAACUUGAGCUUCUAAAGAGAUUUCAGCUAUUGAAUUGUAAGACUGCAGUCACACCUUCAGAAACAAAUCACAGAUUGAAUUCUAAUCCUGAACGUGAUGAUGUAGAUGCUACAACUUUCAAGAAGUUAGUUGGCUCUUUGAGGUAUUUAUGUAAUACCAUAUGUGAUAUUUGUUAUGUAGUUGUAAUGGUUAGUAGGUUCAUGAGUAAACCAAAGUGGUCAUUACCAAACAACUAUCAGAAUUCUAAGGAUCUGAAGAUCAAGGUAAACAAGCCUUUGAAGCUGAUGACUGAUAACAAGUCUGUAAUCAAUCUUGUCAAGAACUCAGUGUUGCAUGGGAGAAGCAAUCAUAUUGAGAAUAAGUAUCACUUUUUGAGAAGGUAG